AUGAACAUCACCUGCCACUCCUCCUUCGAGACCAACCUCCGCAUCAGGGUGUCAACGCCCACAGGACAAAAACUGGUGGACAACAGGCCUGCCCCCCCUAUCCGGGGACCUCGCCGUUGUUUACCGCAACCCCCGGCGGCAGCACCAGCACCAGCGUUUGACCACACCCACCAACACCAACAAAACGAGACCUAUCCCUCCAUCACGUUCGAACCUCACUUUUCGUCGUUUUCCCUGUCUCAAUCACCACCACCACCACCGACAGCGGGUUAUGGGCAGGGUCAGGGUGGUGGAUUGGCUGUUCAAGUCCCACCACAGUAUACCACCACCACUACUCCAGCAGCGGUUUCGAUCCCUAGUUUCGACAACGGGCUGUACAACUGGAACAGCAGCUUUGACUUUUCGUGUGUAGAUCCCAGCCUUGACCCCGGUUUUGGGAAUGGAUUCAACAAUGGGGUUUCGGCGGGGAUGGUGAACAGCAGCAGCACGAUGGGGUACGGGGAUUUGAUGCCUGGACUGCUGUUGCCGCCUGGGUUUGCUACUUCGGCGCAGAUGCCUGGGUUGGUGGUGGUAUCGUCGGAGAGUGACUUUGGUGGUGGUGGUGGUGGUGUUUUUCUUCCGGGGGGGCAGGAAGGGACGAAGGAGUGGGUUCCUAAACGGAGGAAGAGGAGUAAGAAGGUUGUUGAGAAGGAGGGGGAGGGGGAGGGGGAGGGGGGUGGGUGGUCGUAUCACAGACCACAGCCUUACCACUUGGCAUAG